GCACCACUGUACUAUUGCACUACAACCAGUUCCAGCCCGGGGCGACUCAAGUGCAUUGCUUCUUUCCCUCUUUCGUCUCCCAGUUCAUCCUCUUUCGCCUGCCUCCCCCGGCCGUUUUGGCACCUGCUCAUCACCUCCCCCUCGUAUCCGAUUCUGGGGGGAAACAGAGAUCGCUUCCAUUCUUUCUUUCCCGCUUCUCGUCUCGCUUCCUCUCGACCUUUUCUCUUUUUCCCCCCCCUUCCCUCCCAGGCUUUCCCCUCCCCUCCUCGUGUCCGUGUUCCAUCAUCUGUUCCUCGCGACAGAUCGGGACCAAUACUCAGCACAGGCGUCGAAAGGAACCGUUUCCAGCUGCUCUCGGCCUGAGACCUCUUGCUACCUACCUUACUUAGCACCAAGCACCGGCCGGCCAGUUUGAAUUAACCUCAGGUUACCUCAGGUUGUCUCUCGAUACCCUCGAAUCCUCUUCUUUUUCUUCCAACACUCUUUUUCGUCUUUCCACCAUCCCUCUUGGCUGCUGCGCCUUCUUUGUUAUCCGCCAGACCGCAGUGCCUAAAACGGACGCCCGCCUCCCGCUAGUGCGUACUGCUUGGAUUCUAAGAAAGAACGCUCUACCGAUCCUCGAACCUGUUUAUCCAUCUGCAAUACCGACUGAAAGGAAGGCCCCUACGACGACACCCGUUUCCAAAAUAUUCGAUCUCAGAUUCCAUUUCUGCUUCUUCUUCCGCCCCUCUUCGACCCGUAUCAAAACUUUCUCCCGUUUUCGAGCGUCUAACCAAUCCUGACCUCAUUGUUCUCAUGCGCGGUUGGUAGCAUUCUCGGCAGCCACACCAUCAGCUGGCCAUCGACCUGUUAUUCGACCUCUAUGUGGCAUCCUCCAUUCUAGACUGACGCCAUAACCGAUCCUUCGGCUAAGACACGACCUGCACCGCCAGGAUUCCAACCACCGACCACUUCUUAGGCUCGCCCGAUCGUUCAUUCUAUCUGUUGUCGAUUCCCCCAUCUCACACGAGACCUGCAAAACAGCAGCAUCGCAUUGCAUGGGAACUUAAAGUAACACGCGAUUCGAAAUCGACCGACCAUGUCGCCGCAACGCCCAAACUUCAUCGAUCUUCGGGCGCCCUCGAGCAUGUCCAACGUUUCGAGACCUUUGCGAUCCCCCAGACUCCACGUCGCAGGCGAAGCACCCCCGGAAUUGUCACCUCUCGAUGCCUUCGCUCUUCAGAGUCGCCUGUUGGCGAGACAGCUCCAAGCUGCCGCGAGCGGCGAAGGAAGGCGCAUGAGCAGACUACCACCUCUGACGACUGAAAGUCCUUUGGUCGUACAGGGCCGGUCAGACUACUUUCGCUCUAUGUCUAAUGAUUCAGGAUCCGACGAGAUGCCACUUCCUGAGCUUCAAAACCCAGGAUUGGGACUUAGAACCGAGGUAGAGGACGCCUUCCCGUCUGAGAAAGAUCGACCGGUCUCGGUGCACCCUCGAAUGAGCCGCAUCCCGCCUACUCCCGACGAGAACGAGCCUCUCCCAACGCCCCUGCCCGAUAUGAUGCGUGGGCGAGUACUGGAUUCGAUGGAGGAGCACCAGGAUGAGACGUACUUUGGCGCAAGAAGAGAGCAGUCUCCUACGCCAAUGGAACACCCCACGAACGACUCUCACUUGCAAACCUCGCCUCCACGAAAAGACCAUUCACUACCUCUGCUCUCGCCAGCACGGUCACGCGAAAACUCAUUGAAUGGAUCGCCCGGCAAGUCAAAAGGACACUCGUUUGAUGGACCUGGCUUGGCUCCUCCGCGACCGAGCUUCACAGCACGAUCGGCGACCUCCAUGUCUUCUCCCCUCGAAAAUACUAGCGACGACAUGAGCAACUCGGUUCAGUCGUUGCCCCCGCGCAAACUUUCGAGUUGCAGCGCUUAUGCGGCGUCAAAUGCGUCACCCAACCUAAACCCAGGUCCUUUCCAACGCUCACCUUCCGUGUGCUCCGACGCCUCCAUGCCAUUACCGCGACCCUCCUUCAACUUUUCGAGGCCCAUGAGCCGAGCCGGCACACCUGGUUUGGAGACCCCAACGCGUCAGGCCUCCUCUGACAGCCAACCGUCAUUCAUGUUUGCGAAUGACGACUCUGCCAAUACCCCUGUUAGCAUGAACAGCGAGGGCUUCCCCGACCAUGUACAUGACGAUGGCAAGGCCGCUCCUUCGUACAUUUAUUCAAAGUACUCACUUCCUCGAGGCAAGAUCGUGCAGCGAUCUGUUCCUCUCGACCCUCACCCGCAAGCUUCCUUUCAAUGGGAACAGCCCGUGACUGCUCCGAGCAACGUGCAAGCUAUCCAACGCGGAGCACCUCCAUCUCCACCAACCCGGCCAUCUAGCUCAGCAGAGCCCGAUAACCUCAGCUUGGGCAAGCCUUCUUUCGAGCAAGGAAAGCGCAGUCUCGAUCGGGGUGGCCCAGCCCCGCAGCCAUCCCCCAAUCCCAGCCGUCCAUCAACCGAGAGCCGGGCUUCAGAGGAGGAUUCUCGGGGUCGUGCCCUUAUUUCUCACGCCCACGAUACUGCUCCUCGUGGUCAGACUGCCAUGUCAACUACCACCAGUGAUUCUAACAGCACUGUCAAGGCGGCUCGCUCAUUGGCGUCAGGUGCCCCGACAGCUUCAGACAUGUCUCCGGAGGAGCACCUAGCCAAGGGUAUUGAAUGCCAUGAGAAUGGCUCAGUAAAGGAAUCCACCUACCAUCUUCGCCAUGCAGCGAAGGGAGGCAACCCGACAGGUAUGCUUCUGUAUGCGCUGGCAUGCAGACACGGCUGGGGCAUGCGGCCCAACCAGCGGGAGGGUGUUGAGUGGCUGCGAAAAGCAGCUGAAUGCGCCAGCCUUGAAAUCGCCGAUGAUGAGGACCAUGUCAAGGAAGGAAAGUUUGUGGAUGCCAUGGAGCGAAGAACUCGUAAGGCACAGUUCGCACUCAGCAUCUAUGAGUUGGGUGUGAGCCAUAUGAAUGGAUGGGGCAUCGAGCAGGACAAGGCUCUUGCCCUGAGAUGCUUUGAGAUCGCCGGAUCUUGGGGCGAUGUAGAUGCACUGGCCGAAGCAGGCUUUUGCUACGCUCAAGGAGUUGGCUGCAAGAAGAACCUUAAGAAGGCCGCUGGCUUUUAUAGACAAGCUGAGGCCAAAGGGAUGAACAUGGUCGGCAACAGCUGGAUUCACAAGUCAAAGUACAAUGACGAAGACAAGCCUGCCAAAAAUGCCCGCAGCAAGUCGAGGACGCGCACCAUGUUCGGCAUUAAGACUGGCUAGCGAUGAGUCUUUUUGAAGUUCUUUUUGCGCGGAGCGUCUAGCGGCAUUUCAUGGAUCAUGACCACUUGCAUCAACACAUCACCUUCAUACCCCGCAUCUUCGGAGUUUCGGAAGACUGGCUCUGCGGAGUGCAGCUGUUUUUACUGGGCAUUUAAAAACUCAGAGGCUAGGAAUUGUGCCAUUUUCUGUAUUCAACGAGGUCUCAAAAAGUGUGACCUAAGGGAGGGGGGACAAGAACGCCUCUCCCUACUUUGUUCUAACAAUGUGUGCGAGGGAUUUGGGUCUUGGAGAGGCUCUGGGUUUGUGACAUAGGGACAAAAAAGUGAUGGGUCCUUUCUGCGUGUCCAGACCUUGAUCGAACAUACCCUUGAUUCCUAUGUAUAUACCACUUUUGUCUUUUUUUAUUCUGGGAGGGAAGCAAUGGCUCUCUUCAUAGGGUACUUCAUGGGGAUUCCUUUUGUCGUACAAAAUGCGUCUGCCUACCCAGUUGCGGUAGUGUAGCCAAUGGAUCAAAUUCUUGAAAUCAAACUAUUGAGCAAC